AUGGCGGCUAUGAUGUCGUCUGUUAACCCCUUUACACCGGUGACCCCCCCACCGGAGAGCCACUCCUUUCCUAAACUUCCUGCCCAAAGGCCUUUACAGAACAACCUAAAACGAAAGGCAUCGAUGCAAGAACCCUUCAGUGGCCUGGCAGGCCUCAACACUCCCACGAUGAUGGCUCCUCCUCCCCCUCCGACUUCACAACCUAGAAUGUCCUCGUCGCCAAACCGCAGUUCUGGGCCUAGCUCCAGCAGCACUCCUCAGUCCAGCGAGUCAACAACCCCCGAACUUCCCAGCAUCGCCGGUGCCAAUCUCGAUCCAAAGUAUCUCGCCAUGGUUUCUCGUAUCGCUGCUUAUUACCAGCAGAGGUGUCAGGCUGUUGCCAACUACCAACAGCAACGAUGCCAGGCUUGGGCCAACAUGCAUAGACAAAAGUGUCAAGAUAUGAUGCAGGCGUCUAUGUUGGUUGUCGCUUGGUAUGUGAGAGAUCGCAUCCAGCGCAGGCGAAGAAGGGAGAAGCGCCAUUUCAGAUCCGGCCUGAGACGCAGGACAGACCAGAAUAAAAUCGCACGGACUGAGGUCGUUCGUCGCUGGGUUAAGCAGAUCCCCGAAGGAUCUGAGUCACCCAACGAGCCCCUCAACGUUCAGCUUGCCGACCGCGAAGAGGCCGAGUUCUCCAUGGAUCGUGAGACACAGCCGGACAAGGACACCAAGCUAUUCGAGAUGGCCGACAACCUUAUAAAGAGCCAGUACAAGAAGAUUGAAGUUCCUAUAAUGGGUGUACUCAACUUUGAUGAAAGCGACAAUGACAGCGAGAGUGACCUGGAUGAGCCAGAGCCAGAGCAGUACGACGAGAUGGACGAAGCCGAGGACUUGGCUGAAGACGACGAAUACUACGAAGUGGAAGAUGAUGAGCUGUACGACGAUGAGGACGAAAUCGAAUACACAGGGGAUGGUGCUUCAGAGGUUGUUCACCAUGGCACAGGGACUGGCUCAGGCAGCCGAAACAAUAACUUGAGUGAAACCUCAUAAGAAUUAUUUCCCCACUCAACAUCUCAACAAUCAGCCCUCUUCCGAG